UGCCACCGGCCAUUCGGUCUGUGACUGGGAACGCCGCUGGACGGUACGGCGGGGAAACGAGGCGCGCCGCCAUGAACGGAGACGUGGGCAACAACAGGAUCAUCGCCUCGGGCGAGAAGAAGGUGGCGAUCGUUGGCGGUGGACUGGUGGGAGCGCUGAAUGCCUGCUAUCUGGCACGGCACGGCGUGGAGGUACACCUGUAUGAGUACAGAGAUGACAUCCGCCAGAUGGAGCACGUGGCGGGGCGCAGCAUCAACCUGGCGCUGAGCUUCCGCGGCCGCAGCGCGCUCGCCCGGGUCGGUCUGGAGCAGAAGGUCAUCGAGCAGCACGGCAUCCCGAUGUACGGACGGAUGAUCCAUAACCCGGACGGCAGCCGACGCUCCAUCCCCUACGGCAAGGCGGACCAGGGGGCGUGA